AGCAGAGAGGCAGCAGAGGAUGAGGAGGAGAUGAGCUGAGGACACGCUGCGAGGACAACUGUUUAUCUAGGACAGCAUCAUGCUCAGUCUGCUGCGCCCCCUACUGGCCGCCUGCUCGUGCCUGCUGCUGCCCGGCGGCCAGGCCUGGAUCCCCGGGUACAACAAUGGCUUUCACUACCAGGACAUCAGCAAUGGAAACGGAAACGGAGAGAUCUAUUUUAAUGGGGUUCGCCUCCUCGUGGAAUCCCCGGAGCUUUCAGUGUCGGCCACCAGGGGGAGCAGCGUCACCCUGCCCUGUCACUUCCACUACGAGCCUGAACAGACCACUCCACGCAGGACCCGGGUCAAAUGGUCGUGGCUGCCUGCCAACACCAUCAGUGCACCUGUUUCCCCAGAAGCCCUCACCAGGGAAAUUGAGGUCAUGGUGGCCAUGGGCAGCCGUCACCGCAGCUACGGCAGCUUCCGAGGCCGUGUGCGCCUGCGACGCUCAGCACCAGGUGACAUGUCCCUGGUGAUCAGUGAGCUGCAGCUCAACGACACGGGCAGAUACCGAUGUGAGGUGAUUGACGGCCUGGAGGACGAGAGUGUGACGGUGGACCUCGAGAUGCGGGGCGUGGUGUUCCCCUACUACUCCCAGAAAGGACGCUACCAUUUUAACUUCUUUGGGGCACAGCAGGCGUGCAAGGAUCAGGAGGCCACUCUGGCUACAUUUGAGCAGCUCUUCGCAGCGUGGGAGGAAGGGUUGGACUGGUGUAACGCUGGCUGGUUGGCCGAUGGCACAGUGCAGUAUCCAAUCAAAGCCCCGCGUGCCGGCUGCGGGGGGGUGGACUUAGCUCCUGGUCUGCGCAGCUACGGACAACGACACCGUCUCCUCUACCGCUAUGAUGCUUUCUGCUUCUCCGCCACUAUAAGGGGGACUGUGUACUUCUUAAAGAACCAGACCAAGUUCAACUUCACAGAAGCGGUCCAGGCUUGCGUAAGUGAUGGAAGUCAUAUUGCCAAAGUGGGCCAGAUGUAUGCCGCCUGGAGGCUGAUGGGGUUGGACCGCUGUGACGCCGGAUGGUUGGCUGACGGGAGUGUCCGUUAUCCUAUCACAAAGGCACGAGCUAACUGCGGCCCACCAGAACCAGGGGUGCGUCAUUUUGGGUUCCCCCCUCUGUACCUGGAAUUUGGCGUCUACUGUUAUCGGUAGAUGCUUCGACACAGCUCUCCGGUUCAAAGCUCUGCUUGAGAAGUUAGCAUCAGCUGUAGCCUGGAAGAAAAUGAGCUGUUAGCCAGUUUGUUCAUUUCUGAGGUAUUUUGAGUCCAUUUGGGUUAAUCGCUCUCCACCUCCAUAAAACUGUAACUAAUCAUCAAUUUUAAGGAAAGAGAAGAUACAAGCACCGCAUACACUUCUAGUGGGUCAUAAGGGAUGAUUUAGAGGUCUAGCUUUCGUACGAGUUUAUACGUUGUUUUUUAGGAAAAUGCUGCGUAUUAUACCUUUAAGUUAAAGUUAACAACAACCGGGCUGGGGAGAAAGAAACAGUGCGAUAUCUUGGCUAGAAUAAAUGGACUGAAAUGUUAAUAUAAUCUGAUCGAUACACUUUUAUUGACUAAAACUGUACAAAAUAGUUCUAAUUUAAAUCUAAAAUGCACAGAAUGCCUUUUAGUUGACAAAGGGAAGGUGUUCAGAUAACCAUCAUAUUCAAAUCACUCCUGUCUUUCAUCUACUCUGUAUUUAUCCAACAAACAAUCACAUUGUCUGUCUUCAGCCCUCCACAACAUUUAAACAUUAGAUCUCGGGAUCUUUACACUACAAGCGUACACUUUUGUGUUAAGUGCCUUGCUAAAGGGCACCUUGAUGGUUGAGGGACUGGAGAGUGUUUCUCAUUAUGUUCCUGUCAGAUCUUUCCAGCUGGCUCCUGAUUGUAUACUCACAAACUCUAAGUUACUCUUUCUGCCUUUCUAACACUGUGAAAUGUACUGGAGUCUUUAUGUGUCUCCUGAAAUGUCUGCGUAUCCUGUUUUAUAAAGGUGAAUCUCUUUUUCAUGUUUCUGACUGACUAAGAGUAAGUCAUGAGUGAGUAUCUGUAUUGUUAUAAUAUUUAACUUGUUUACAUCCCUUGUGGAAGAAGAAACGGUGUUUCAUUACGUACAUGUAUCUUUUUUGUUGUUGCAUCUUCUCAUUUGUACUAUUUUCUACAAAUUAAUAAAAACACUAC